AUGGGUACAAAAGGGACUCAAAGGGAGGGUAGCCAAAAUAAACAAAUGAGAGACCGGGGAGUUCAACCGCAAUCUGAUACUAGUACCAUGACUACUACUAAUGCAACUUCUGGACCAAAGACUGUAACAGCUUCGGUUGGUACAGAAAAUGUUGGAUCUCAAAUGAGUCAGACUGAAUCACAAUCUCAAACACAAACAACCGAAUCAUCAAAAUCUGAAGGAACUCAAGCAGGAGGCAGUUUGGCACCUAACACAAAAACGUCUUCGACAUCAACACGACCACCUCCAAGAGAAAACCUUCAUCACGUGCUCACGAAUACCAAGUCAGUCGAUUAUUCUGACAUCGAUAUGGUGAGAGAUGCAGAACUACGAGCAGCUCAUCACCAUAAUGUGCUCAAUAAUAACAUGUCUGGUAGAAGAAGUAAAUCGAAAAGUACCGAAGAUAUGAAUAGAGAAAAUGGAAUGAACUUGGAUAGUAACACCUUGAAGAGAAUGCUCAAGCCUAUGCCAAGUGCAGAUAGCCCGGUUACGUCACCAGAAAUGGGUCGCCGAAGAUAUAAUUAUUACAAUAUGCAUCACCAUCAAAGACAUCCCAACAACAACGGCAGACAUUCCGAACCCGAGUCAGGACAUCCGCAUCCAAGGUCAGCUAUGGCACAGAACUCCAGAUUUUCCGGAUCCAGGUCCUCACAUGAGAUUGGAAGGGGAUAUCCCGGAAGGGGCUUGUAUUUGGAACUGGAGAGAGGUGCAGGUGGGGACUUUUCUCCGCCUUCUGACAAUGUCAUUUUUGACAACCAGUGUUAUGCAACGACUCCAAGCUCAAGUAAUGGAAACUCUGAUCCGGAACAAACUCAACACCACUAUGGCCGUCAUAGGCAUAUGCAUCAACAAAUGAAUCAAAACUCAACCACAACACCAACUCCUGGUUCACCUACUAGUAGGCUUCUGUUAGAAUACGAAAUGCACCUAAGGAACACUUUGGCCAAAGGAAUGGAUGCUGAAAGUUACAGUCUACACACAUUUGAGGCACUUUUAACGCAGAGUAUGGAAAACCUAGAGUUCGCGGAAAGUUUACCGGGAUCAACACAAAGAAGUCCGUAUCCAUCUAGAAAAAGGCCGUCAUCUAGUGCUUCCAUGAACAAGUCAUCCACUUUACCUUUAUCACAUCGGAUCAGUUCCUCUAGAGAUAGAACUAUAGAUAGAGAUAGAGAGAGAGAUGGUUACUAUAGCGAUAGAAAUGAACUCAUGCGAGAAAGAGAAAAAGAAAGGGAAAGAGAACGAGGAUAUCUGAGUGACCACAACUCAAGUUUCAGCUCCAGAUGUGCUUCCUGCAUUGGGGAAUCCAGCAGAGCCCAGUGGUUCAGACAUUCUGAUGGCUGGAGAUCAGGAAGCUCGACAUUCAGUUCUGGACAAGGCGUACCUCAAGGACACAAAAGAUCACCAUGGGAUUCACUUCCCUCAUUGAGACAAGAUAGCAGUAUGAAUGACAGCGGAUACAAAAGUGCUAGGACUGAUAGUUUGGAGCAGAGAGGCAUGUUUGACAGACAAGACAGUCUCAGGUCUGAUUACAUGAGUGAUAGGGAGUCUUCCAGAUAUGGAAUAGUUCAACAAGCGUCUGUUGAAAGUGCCGAUUCAAGACUAUGUUACUUGACGUCUUCUGAGGUUGGAAAUCCCACGGAACAGGGAGCUUGCUCUCCCCUCCCUCCGCGUCCUGAGAUUCUCCAAAACAUCAAGAAAACUCGCAUUCCCCAAUUGUCGUUCGCCAAAAAACAAGUGGGUUCAAUUAACAAAGUUGACUACCUUUCACAAGGUCAACUAUACGAAAGCAGUGAACCUGGCUGA